CCACUAUGGUCACGGUUAAAAUUGAAGAUUUUGGUUCAAUGACCGAUCCAAUGUCAAAACAACCGAAAACGGUCAAGGUCAUUACCCUAGAGAAUGCCCAUCAAAUGCGGGUCCAAGUUCUAACAUUGGGUGUUAACAUUGCCAGUGUUCGUCUACCCGAUAAGACGGGGAAAUCCGAUGAAUUGUCAUUGAGUUUUGAUAAUUUACAAGGUUAUUUGGAUACCCAGCCGGCAUAUAUUGGUGCCACCAUGGGUCGGGUGGCCAAUCGUGUGGCAAAUGGCCGUUUCAAAUUAAAUGGCCAGGAAAUUCAAGUUACCAAAAAUUUCAAAGAUAAAUAUCAGCUACAUGGCGGAUUCAUUGGCUUCGAUAGUGUCAUUUGGGAUGUGGUUGAGACACUGGCAAAUGGUGUGGUACUGAAGCAUGUCUCUCCAGAUGGCCAUGAGGGUUAUCCGGGUGAGGUGACAUGCACCAUAACCUGCACUCUCAAUGACAACAAUGAAUAUCGCAUGCAGGUGGAGGCAACCACCAACAAAACAACCUGUGUCAAUGUCACCAAUCAUGCUUAUUUCAAUCUAGCUGGCCAUAACUCAGGCAAAGAGGGUCUCGGUCAGCAUCUUGUACAAAUAAAUGCCGAUGAAAUUGUUGACACCGAUCUGGAACAAAUACCAACGGGAAAAUUUGUCAAAGUUGAAAAUACCCUUUACGAUUUGAGACAGCCAACGAAAAUGUCCGAUCGUCUACCACAAUUUGCUCAAUUACCCAUUAAGGGUUAUGACAAUUGCUAUUGUGUCAAGCUAGAUGGUGAUAAGGUUACACGUAUUGCCCGCGUUGAACAUCCAGAAAGUGGUCGUUGGUUGGAAAUGUAUACCAAUCAACCGGGAGUACAAUUUUAUACAUCAAAUAAUCUGCCCGAUGUUGAGAAUGGUGCCCCGGCAAUGGUGGGUAAAGGCGGAGCAAAAUACUUUAAACAUGGUGCAUUUUGUUUGGAAACCCAAAAAUAUCCCGACUCCAUGAAUCAUGAGAAUUUUCCAAGCAUCUUUUUGAAUCCGGGGGAGAAAUACUAUCAUGAUGUGGUCUAUAAAUUUGGUAAUCAGUAAAGAAAAUAGGCAAAUUGA